GUCAACGGCUGAUCAAGUUUUUUAAUUGCAAACCGUUCAUCCUUAUUCACAUCACGUGAACAUCUUAAAAUACCGGAUAAAAAUUGGUACGAUUAUGAAAAGAAAUCCUAAUUUGUUUUAUAUAAUCCUGAUUCCUAAUUCAACUGCUGUAGAAAAACGUUCCAAAAUCAAUAAUAACAAGAAUAACAGAAGAAGAAGAAGCAAUUUUUACAGCUUAUGAUCGUUAUUCACAUACCACCAUAUUCCACUUGACAAAUUUUACAAUUUAUUUGAGCAUAGUAAAUCGGUGUUGAAUAAUUGUUGUAAUCAUUUACCAAUGCGUUUAUUUCGAACGAAACAGUCUCGAACUCUUGAUCAUAUUUGUAAUGACAAAUCAACAGAAGCAACGGCCAUAACUAUCAAAACAAAAUUAUCCAAUCUUACAAAAAUUGUACGAAUUCGAUUAAUUUUUGUCAGAAUUGGUUGGUAUAAAAAAGAUUUUAACAUAUAUAGUAAAAUGAAUGUUUUAAUCUUCAUUUAGGUGAAAUUGAUACAUUGAAUGAAAGAUAUCAAGCUGAAGCGUGUAUCGAAGCAAGAUGGACAGAUACAGCAAUAGUAUUGAGCACACUAGAUUUAACAUCUCAACAAGAACAACAACUAGCCGAAGGAAAAACGAUACGAAUAACCGAUUUAAAUUCAACUAUUCAUUGGACACCAGAAUUGUUUAUUGAAAAUGCCAUUGGACAAAUAGGUGAACAAGCAAAAUGGUUUACAAUUAAAAAACUUGAUCAGCCGUUGACAUGCGCAUUAGCAACAAUAUCAACGACAUUAAAUAUAGAAAUAUGUGAACAUCGACGAAUUAAUGGUGUAUUUUGGGAAAAAUUAGAAUUAAAUCAUUUUCCGGCUGAUGUACAAGAUUUAACAAUAUCAUUGACAACUCAUCACUAUGUUGAACAUGUUAUAUUGAAAGAAGAUGAAAAUUUAUCAUCAGGAGUUAAUCGUGAAGCAUUCGUUGAUCAACAAGAAUGGAUUUUAUAUGAACAUGUAGCCACAGAUAGACGAGAAAUAAAGGAAGAAUAUUCAUUGGAAGAAGAAUCUUUAGAACAAAGAAAACAUCCUGUAUUCUCCGUCACCUGUCGAGCAGCACGCCGACCCCUCUACUAUUAUUGGAAUGGAUUUUGUCUCAUAUUUCUAAUUACUGUCUGCUCAUUUUGUAUAUUUGCUAUACCACCACAGCAUCCUCAAAAUCGUAUACAAACAACAUGUACCCUAUUACUAACAUCGAUAACAUUUCGAUGGGUCGUCAACCGUUCGCUACCUACAAUAUCCUACUUAACAACGUUAGAUAAAUAUGCCAUUGUUUCAAUCAUGAUUCUCGUUUUGAUGUGUAUUUGGCAUUCUAUCAUUGGUCACAUCACAUUUUUAACUCAAAAUGAUCCUAGAAUGGUGAUAAAAAGUAUUUUAAUUGAUCGUUAUAUAUUCAUCGCAUUAGUUAUUAUCUACUGUAUUAUUCAUGUAGCACUUGUCAUUUGGCUAUUUAAUGUACCGUAUAGACGGCGUCGAGAAAUGGAACGUCUCGAUCACGAAUAUAUGAUAAAAUUAAGAAAUAAAUGUAAAACUGUGGCUAAUAUUAUUAAAGUAACCAAUCAAAUUCGACGACCAACAAAUGGAUUGUCUAAUAGUCUGUCAGCAAAUGAUAGUACUAGAUCAAGUAGUGAUGAUGGGGGUGUGAUUCCACCGCAUGAUAUCAUACAUCCGUCAAUAAUGAUGACAGUAUCAAAGGAGAAUAUCCAACCAUACAAUCAAAAUCAAGAUUCUGUUAUAAUAUCAGAUAGUCACAUGAUUGUACCAGUUAAUAAUUCAAGACAAAAAAUUCAAGAUAUUCUUCUUCGAGAACAAGAUGAUGAUUAUUAUGACCAUCACAACGAUAUAAAUGAUGAAAGAAAAAAUACGUGUGUACAACCUGUUAGAGAACCAGUUUCCGUGCAAGAUCAACCAAGAACACAUUUGUUUAAGAGGAAUUAA